AUGGCCAAAUCAAUCCUCCUCAUCAACGGCCCUAACCUCAACCUCCUGGGCACCCGUGAACCACACAUCUACGGCUCGACCACACUCAAGGACGUCGAAGAAUCAUCCAAAGCCCAUGCCGCCUCCUUCGGUGCUACUCUCGAAACAUAUCAAUCGAACCAUGAAGGGGCCAUAGUGGAUCGCAUCCAAGCCGCUCGCGGUAACAUCGACGCUAUCAUCAUCAACCCUGGCGCAUACACACACACCUCUGUCGCCAUCCGAGACGCCCUUCUGGGCGUAGCGAUUCCUUUCAUUGAGCUCCAUGUGAGUAAUGUCCAUGCGCGGGAGCCCUGGAGGCAUCACAGUUACUUCAGCGACAAAGCUGCUGGGAUCAUCGUGGGAUUGGGCGUGUAUGGGUAUAAGGUCGCGGUCGAGCAUGUUGCUUUGAACUUCAAGCCUCUGGAAAAGGCAGCUCUGUAA